AGGAGAGGGGGGACAAAGGGUGGCCUUGUCCCGGCGAGAUUCCUGGGAGAGGGGGCGCACCAGCUCACAAGGAAUGGGGCAGUGUGGACUGGGGUGUAAGGACCCUGGGAGGGGCCAGCCCCGCUGCUCUCGCCCCCCUCUCCCCUGCCCCAUGGCCCACUGAAGCAGCAACAAGACCAGAUCGUAGAGGAAGUGUCUUUUGACCACAGUGAGUCAGAAGUAACACUUAGGCCUCUGUCACACCAUCAGUGGCAACAUCCUCUUCGGAGGUGAAACCUGUGCACGCAGUCACCGAGGCCAGCGCAAGGACGGAGGAGGAAACCUUUGCCCUGGACACGAGACACAUCCCACACCCUGCGUGGGGUUGAAGCCACCAAGGGGCGUGGCGCACCGAAGCUGGGGUGAGCCGGGGCGGUACAUCUGUCUAGCAGCUGCGGUUUCCGACACCAGCUCUAGUGCUUUCUACAGGAAGGGAGACCUUCCUGGCAGCCUGCCCCACUGUAUGUCUGAGAACUCCCCCAAGCGCUGCUUUCAGGGCCUGAAGAAAGCAGACUCCCUAUCCUCUGCGCCCCCAAUCCAGGGAGAUCCUCACCCCUUAGCCAUCCUUGAACAGAGAGGCCAAGCUGGAGACUGCCCUGGUUUCUUGUGCCCUCUGUGCCCAGGAUUCCUGUUUUCAUGUCCUAAUUUGGUGAUUUUUUUUUCACAUGAUAAAGUGAUAGCAGCUGUCUUCUGGGCUGGUUCUGGUACAUGAGUGGGCUGGGAGCAGAAGAGCCAAUCAGAGAUGGGCUCUGAGCUCCCUGGGGCAACAGCUGACUCCUCCCUCCCUCCCCCCACCCCUGUCUCUUCCACGUCUCUACCCUUUUUCUCUCCCAGAAACCACUGGGCUCUGCCCAGCCGCUUCACUUCCCAGGAGUCCUAAGGGGGGUCUCCAAUGGCUUCACCCAUCUCCACCAACCCAGCGCAUGCCCACUUUGAGAGUUUCCUGCAGGCCCAGCUGUGCCAGGAUGUGCUGAGCAGCUUUCAGGGGCUUUGUGGGGCUCUUGGGCUGGAGCCUGGUGGGGGACUACCCCAGUACCACAAGAUCAAGGCUCAGCUCAACUAUUGGAGUGCCAAGUCCUUGUGGGCCAAGUUGGACAAGAGAGCUGGCCAGCCUGUCUACCAACAGGGUCAGGCCUGUGCCAGCACCAAGUGCCUGGUGGUAGGUGCUGGGCCUUGUGGACUGCGGGCAGCCGUGGAGCUGGCACUGCUGGGGGCCCGCGUGGUGCUGGUAGAAAAACGUACCAAGUUCUCGCGUCAUAAUGUGCUCCACCUCUGGCCCUUCACUAUCCAUGACCUACGGGCACUUGGUGCCAAGAAAUUCUAUGGGCGCUUCUGCACUGGCACUCUGGACCACAUCAGCAUCCGACAGCUUCAGUUGCUGCUCCUGAAGGUGGCGUUACUGCUGGGGGUGGAAAUUCACUGGGGGGUCACUUUCACUGGCCUCCAGCCUCCUCCCAGAAAGGGGAGUGGCUGGCGCGCCCAGCUCCAGCCCAAUCCCCCAGGCCAACUGGCCAACUAUGAAUUUGAUGUCCUCAUCUCGGCCGCAGGAGGGAAAUUUGUCCCUGAAGGUUUCACCGUUCGAGAAAUGCGAGGCAAACUGGCCAUUGGCAUCACAGCCAACUUCGUGAAUGGCCGCACUGUGGAGGAGACACAGGUACCUGAGAUCAGCGGUGUGGCUCGGAUCUACAACCAGAAAUUCUUCCAGAGCCUGCUCAAAGCCACAGGCAUUGAUCUGGAGAACAUCGUAUACUACAAGGAUGACACUCACUAUUUUGUGAUGACAGCCAAGAAGCAAUGCCUGCUGAGGCUGGGGGUGCUGCGCCAGGACUGGCCGGAGACGGAUCGACUGCUGGGCAGUGCCAAUGUGGUCCCUGAGGCUCUACAGCGCUUUGCCAGGGCAGCUGCUGACUUCGCCACGCAUGGCAAGCUCGGGAACCUGGAGUUUGCUCAAGAUGCCCGCGGGCGGCCUGACGUCUCUGCCUUUGACUUCACAAGUAUGAUGCGGGCAGACAGUGCCGCUCGUGUGCAAGAGAAGCAUGGUGCCCGCCUGCUGCUGGGGCUGGUGGGAGACUGCCUGGUGGAGCCCUUCUGGCCCCUGGGCACGGGAGUGGCCCGAGGCUUCCUGGCAGCCUUUGAUGCAGCAUGGAUGGUUAAGCGCUGGGCAGAGGGCACUGGACCCCUGGAGGUGUUGGCUGAACGCGAGAGUCUGUACCAGCUUCUGUCACAGACAUCCCCAGAAAACAUGCAUCGCAACGUGGCCCAGUAUGGGCUGGACCCAGCCACCCGCUACCCCAACCUGAACCUCCGGGCCGUGACCCCCAAUCAGGUACGAGACUUGUAUGAUGUGAUGGCCAAGGAGCAGGUGCAGAAGAAGAGCGACAAGACAGAUGCAGAGAUGUCAGCCACAGGGUCAGCCGGCACCCAGGAGGAGCUCCUACACUGGUGCCAGGAGCAGACGGCUGGGUACCCAGGAGUCCACGUCACUGACCUGUCUUCUUCCUGGACUGACGGGCUCGCUCUAUGUGCCCUUAUACACCGCCUUCAGCCUGGGUUACUGGAGCCCUCGGAGCUGCAGGGAAUGGGCGCUGUGGAAGUGACGACCUGGGCACUGCGGGUGGCAGAGCACGAGCUGGGCAUUGCACCCGUGCUGUCUGCCCAGGCCGUGGUGGCAGGCAGCGACCCGCUGGGCCUCAUCGCCUAUCUCAGCCAUUUCCACAGUGCCUUCAAAAGCAUGGCCCACAGCCCCGGCCCCGACAGGCAAGUCUGUCCCGGGGCCUCCAGUGCUGUCCUCUUCCUUGGCAAACUUCAGAGGAGCCUGCAACGGACCCGGGCCAAGCAGGAAAAUGGGGAUGAUGCUGGUGGCAAGAAGCCUCGCUUGCAGGUAGAGGCGGAGACUCCAAAUCCUGACGAACCACAUGUGCCCGAGCCCAGUGUACCCCUAAUUCCCCCGUCCCAACCCAAGGAGGCUGGUGCUGACCUGUGUACGCUCUGUGGGAGACACCUCUACAUCCUGGAGCGCGUCUGCGCAGAUGGCCAUUUCUUCCACCGGAGCUGCUUCCGUUGCCACACCUGUGAGGCCACACUGUGGCCAGGCAGCUAUGGGCAGCACCCAGAUGAUGGGCAUUUCUACUGCACGCAACAUCUGCCCCAGCUGGGCCAGAAAGAGGAUGAAAUCGACGGGGGAUCUGGAAGCCCAGUAAAAACUAAGCUCUCCACACCAGAGGAGGAUAGCACGUCACCAGCCCUUCCUGUCACAAGCCCCAAGCAGCCCACGCGCAGGCUGAUCCGCCUCUCCAGCCCAGAACGUCUGCAGCUGGCCUCCCUUAACAUUACCCCUGACCCAGACACAGAGCCUCCACCCAAGCCCCCACGCAGCUGCUUGGCCUUGGCCGAGCAGGCCCUGCAGAGCAGUUUUGUAGGCUGGGGUAUGUCAGUCCAGGUACCACAAGGUGCUGAAGCCGUGGAGAAGGAAGAGGAGAGACCAUCCUCCAGUGAGGAGGAUGAAGAGGAGGACGAAGAGGAGGAUGUUCCUUUGGACACAAACUUGGAACAGGCUCUGCUGACCUUGGCCAAGAACUCUGGUACCAUGAACAAGUACCCAACAUGGCGCCGGACUCUGUUGCGCCGUGCUAAGGAAGAGGAGAUGAAGAAGUUCUGCAAGGCCCAGGCCAUCCAGCGGCGACUAAAUGAGAUCGAGGCCGCCCUGAGGGAGCUAGAGGCUGAGGGCAUAAAGCUGGAGCUGGCCUUGAGGAGCCAAGACAGCUCCCCAGAACAGCAAAAGAAAUUCUGGGUAGAACAGCUGCUACAGCUUAUCCAGAGAAAAAACAGCCUGGUGGCUGAGGAGGCUGAGCUCAUGAUCACGGUACAGGAGCUAGACCUGGAGGAGAAGCAGCGGCACCUGGACCAGGAGCUGCGAUGUUACAUAAACCGAGAAGAAACUCUGAAGACAGAUGCCGAUCGGCAGGCUGAGGACCAGGUUCUGAGGAAGCUGUUGGAUGUGGUAAACCAGCGGGAUGCUCUUAUUCGCUUCCAGGAGGAGCGCCGGCUCAGUGAGCUGGCCCCAGGGACAGGGGUCCAGGGAUAGAAGACUGUUGGCUGCCUGCUUUCUUCCCCCCCCCCCCCAAAGAAACGCAGUCCCUUCGUAGGACAUUGCCCGCCCCCCUUUUCCUGCUCAUCUGGAGUGCCUAGAGGAGCCAUCACUGUUUACAACACAAUAUUUCUGCCACAAGCUGGGCACAGUGGCUCAUACCUAUAAUCCCAGCAACCUGGGAAGUGGCCAUGAGGAGAAUCAGGAUUUGAGUCCAACAUAGAUUAAAACAAAAAAUUAACAAGACUCCUAUCUGAACAAACAAGCCAUGUGUAGUGGCUGGUGCAUGUCUAUAAUUCCAGUUAUAUGCAAUAGGUAGGAGGAUUUGUCUGAGACUGGACUGGAAAAACAAAGUGCAAGACCCUAUAUGAAAGAUAACAAG